GCAGUGCGUAAAAGAAGUUGCGUGCCUCAUCGUUCGUUAAUUUGUACGUGAAAUAAACCGUUUGACUUAUAAACAAUCGUCUUUGUUGAACUCAUUAGUUAUUCGUUUUUAACGAACGUGGGACUUUGGUUCAAUUAUCAUAAAAUACAGAACUUGCUAAGUCGAUAAAAAAUCGUCGCCGCAACAUAUAUUGAAGAUCAGAAAGUAAAGACACUAUAGUCGAAAGCGACGUUAGAUAAAACAGGAGUUGCGAGCGUGCUUGACAACAAAACACAUCGACCCAGCAACGACCGCACAAGUGAAAAGUUUUGGUUCAAUUUUUUGAUGAACGAUUUUCCAAGUUUUUGAAUCUCGUUUAUGGAGAUAAGAUAACCAAAAAGUUCUGCAUAAUUUUAAAAACUUUUCAAGUUUCGGCCGUUUUUCCAACUUUCCAACCAAAUUAUUUUUCUUCCUCAACUCCCCUCCCACUUCUCUGGCCGAGAUAACAAGGCUUACCGGCUUGAGCUCCAACACCGGUAACCACGCGCUCGAGCAACGGUAUUUAGGAUCCCGCCAAAAAUCUCGUAAGACCACUUGCUGCAGCAACGUGUUUCUGCAAACUACGCGCGCGCUCUAUAUAUAUAUUUUAUAACGUCUUACACAUACGAGUCAGUUUAGGUGUAUAUACUUUAAGUGAGCUCGACGAAAGUAACAAAAGCUAGUCGCGUACAAAAAAACGGUGCAACAACAUGCGUAAGACCACGAAACGAGGAGAAGAAGCGGCGGUUGAAAAUUCUGACGUAUCUCCACCAAAAAAGAUUAAACUGAGAGAGAAAAAGGUAACUCUGCCGGUCGUUGCACCAAACAGACUUCCCAGAGCUGCAAAAAAUCGUGCUGCUGCACAAACAUACGAUGUUGAAAAUGAUGUUGAAGCCGCGAAAAAAACACGUGGACGAGCGAAGCAACCUCUUCGAAGAUCCAAAAGCACGGAUAACAUCGCUUCAAUGGUUUCUGGUAAUAUGAAAAAAACAAAGAGUAAAAGCGCCGAACAUCUUGAUCAGGAGGAGGACGGUCCACCUUCGAAGAAGGCCAGAAACCCCCCGGCCAAAACUGCCAAGAAAACGGUCGCUAAAAAGGCGGGAAACGAAGCCAAAGCAAAGCCAGUGAAAAAAGCAGUUGAAGAAGCUGCGAUGGAAGAUCUGGAAGAAGAAUCAGAGGAAGAACAACGUCCGUUGAUAGCGAAGAAGGCCUAUUCUAGGGUGCCAAAAAAAGCUGUACUCGUUGAGACCAAAGAGGAAAAACCAAAGAAGCGUGCACCAGUUAAGGAGCCUGCAGCCGCUGCUAAAACUACUCGAGGACGAACAAAACCUCUACCAUCCGAAGAGGUUGAAGAAGAUCUUGAAGUAGAGGAACCCAAGGAAGAGGCAAAAACUGUGAAGGGACGAAAGGGCAAAGCUAAUGGUAAAAAAGCAGCAGCAGCUCUAGUUGAAGAAGAGAAUAAAAAAGUUGCUGAGCUCAGUGAGAAAGAUGUUGAAAAUGAAGCCGAGGAAGUAACUGAAAACAUGGAGAAAGCAGCGAAGCCUAAAAAAGCAGUUAAAAAAACAGCAGCAGCUUUAAAAAAGUCUCGUGCCAAUAAAAAAACAGUUGCGGCUGCAGAGUCAGAUGAAAAAGAUGUUGCGUCCGAUGAAGAAGUCCCUGUUGAGGCCUCAACCGUUGAGCAAGAAGAAGCCAAACCAACUAAAGGUGGCAAAAAAGGAAAAGCGCCAGCCGCUAAAAAAGGUGGUAAAAAAGCACAGCUUCCUCCAAAAGUUCUUGAGGAUAAAGAAAAGGAUAGCAACGUAAUGAUUUUGGGAGAUGAUCAAGAAGCUGUCGACGUGCCCGAGGAGCCACAAGCAGAGCCAAAGGAAAAUGCGAAAUCCUUGGAGAAUGAAGAAUCACAUUCGGAAAACGAAGUCGAAGCAGGAGAUGAUAACCACGAUUCUCGGUGAAGUCGAGAAAGAAAAAGUUACAAAAAAAGUGGAGCAACGAAGUUGUCACAAUCUCGUUUUUUUUUGUACCCUAAUCAUCAUUAGCCGUAUCAGUUACGUAUUACCUUUAAUAUUAAAAAACAAAGAAUGAAAAACACAUGAGAUCAAAGAACUUCAAAUUAUCUUGAGUAUGUCGUCCUAACUGAAAUUUUAAUAACGACUACGGCUUACAAACAACUAAGAUUGUUAACAAACCUUUCUUUGCAAGAAACGAUUGAAUGUAAUAAUGUGAAAUGUAAGACAAUCCCCAGUAAAAGCCUCUCAAGAGUUCUGUA